AACAUCAUUAUAAAAAAUUCAGUGCUCAAAUUAAUUUCAUUCCAAAUCGCGCAAUAAUAAAUAUAAAGUAACGUAAAUAUAUAUAAAUACAACAAAAUGGCAGUAAAAACUCGUUCACAUUGGAAGGAAUAUGGAACAGCAUUAUGUGCGACCCUCAUUACUGCAACAGCCGGUACUUGCUACGGUUGGCCGUCUCCUACUCUACUGUAUCUUGAAUCAGAAGAAAGUUCAAUACCAACAACUGCCUACCAAGGAUCAUGGAUAGUCUCAAUAAUGAUACUCUGCUCGGCUCUAACACCAAUUCCAUCCGCCUAUCUCGCCGACAAAUUCGGAAGAAAAACUACACUGCUUCUAGGAGCUAUACCCUUCAUAAUCGGCUGGAUACUUGUCAUCGUAGCGAAGUCCUUGCCAAUGCUGUACGUCGCGCGGAUUUUCUCAGGCCUGGGUUAUGGAGUUGUGUACACUGUGGCUCCGAUGUAUACGGGAGAGAUAGCUACGAAUGAAGUUCGAGGUGCCCUAUCAACUCUCAUUACUUUAAUGAACAAAGUCGGAAUUCUUGCUCAAUACUGCAUUGGACCGUUCGUGUCUAUGAGAACACUGGCGUCAAUCAACUUGAUCCUGCCUUUUACUUUCAUCAUAACUUUCUGUUUCCUACCGGAAUCUCCGUACUAUUAUUUAAAAUUCGAGCGCAGUGACAGAGCAGAACGAUCCCUCAGAAGUCUGCGUAGUGGUGACAUAAGAACUGAGCUCAAAAGUAUAGAGUUGAACGUCCAGGAAGACAUGAAGAAUCGCGGGUCAUGGAGCGAUUUAUUCACAGAAGCCACCAACAAAAAAGCGAUGUGGAUUACUCUAGGGGUUUUCACGGUACAACAGUUUUGUGGUAGCGCUGCAGUUGUAGCGUAUUCACAAUUUAUAUUCAACUGUACCACCGGGCCUACUAUACUGCCAAAUGGAACCUUAGAAGAGAAAACCCGUAAAAGUAUCGAACCCUAUCAAGAAUCUAUCAUAAUAGGAUGCGUGCAGGUUGCUACCUGUAUCUUGUCCGUACUCCUCGUGGACCGAGUAGGACGCAAACCGCUUCUCUUGCUAUCGACUUUGGGCGUAGGACUAAUGAAUGGAACAAUCGGAACGUAUUUCUACUUUUACGAUACGAACAAGCAAGCCGUACAGAACGUUAGUUGGAUACUUCUAGUGGCCCUUAUCGUUUACAUCGUGUGCUACGCCAUCGGCUUAUCAACCGUGCCGUAUGUUACAAUCGGGGAGAUGUUCCCGACUAAUGUCAAGCUGUACGCGUCCUGCAUAGCACACAUAUAUACAGGCGUCGCUAUGUUUGCAGUGCAGAAUCUCUUCCGGGUUGUCGAACAAGCUUAUAAAAUUUACACAGUGUUCUGGGGGUUCACUAUUUUCUCAUUUCUUGGACUCGUCUUCAUGGUGAUGAUGCUACCAGAAACAAAAGGAAAGUCCUUCGCUUCAAUCCAAGCGCAACUGCGCCACGAAGUCGCCAGAGACAACGCAAAGAAAAUUGACACGGUCGAAUACUAACCAGAAAAUACGAGACGACUACUUAUUCUCACUAGUAUUUAGCGUUAAGCUUAUAAGGGAUCAAUUUAAAAUGAAAAUUUAAUGAUAUUGAAUACUUAACGUUUAAUUAUUAUUUAGGUUAGUAAUUUGUUUCGAAUCCGUUUACCGAAAUAGCCAAUGAAUUGUUAGUGGGAACAGCAUGAAGAUCGAGCAGAAAUGAGAUC